AUGGCCACCAUUAUCAAUGUAACUUCUGAUGCAGAGAGUAAUGAACAUACCUUUUAUGAAAGUCCUUCUCCCCAACCUCCUUAUAUUAGUAAAUUUUGGAAAGAUACACUUGCAACAGAAGUGGUCAAUUACUCUCAUUCAAAAAAAAAUCCUACUACACCUCUUCCUGGUAUACAACCAUAUAUAACAGAUCAUUUUGGUUCAAAAAAACCUCUACCACUUUCUGUUACUGAAAGAAUUGAUCAUGCUUUGUUGAAAGCAUGGGUAAUAGCUGGAAUACCAUUUGAAGUCAUAGAAAAUCCAUUUGUUAUAGUCCUGUUUAAGGAACUUAACCCAGGAUAUACACCACCGUCAAGAACAACAUUAUCUGGUUGGCUUUUGGACCAGGAAGUUGCUAGAGUCAAUCUAAACAUUGAAAAAGAGUUGGAGUCUUCCAAUAAUUUAACAUUGAAAUACUUAAUAGCAUUAAAAAAUUAUUCAGGUUUUUCUCACACUGGUAACUUUCUUGCAGAUGAAAUUUCAGACAUUGUAGAACAAAUUGGUUCAGAUAAAUUUGCUGCUAUAGUUACUGAUGCUGCUCCAGCAUGUCAUGUUGCAUGUGAAAAAAUUGAAGAAAUGUAUCCUCACAUUUGGGAUAUAAGAUGUGCUGCACACUCAAUAAAUUUAAUAGCAUCAGAUCUUGUAAAAAUUAAUGAUAUAAAAGAAUUUAUUACAAAAUGUGGAAAAAUCACAAAAUUUUUUCAUAAUUCUCACCAAGCAUGUUUUAAGUUACAUCAAGGAUUGCAUCAAAUGAAAAUUAGAUCUGAAGGGUUACAAACUUGGGUAAAAACAAGGUGGAGUUCACUUUAUAUGACAACUGAUUCUAUUUUAUGUGCAGUACCAGUGUUUGAUUUGAUAAUUGCUGAAAAUAGAGAUGUAAUUUCAAAUGAUGAAGUAUUGUUUUUAUUACAAAAUGAAGAUUUUCUAACUAAAUGCUGCCAUAUUUGUUCAGUUUGGGGUCCUAUUAAAGAAUGUAUAAACAUACUAGAAUCAAACACAGCCACCUUGGCAGAUUGUUUCAUUUACAUGAUCAAAUUAGCUGUUGCAAUUUUCAAAUUGCCAGACUCAAAUCAAUUUAAAACUUCUGCAAUCCAUAUAUUUAACAAUCGUUAUAUAGAAUUUCAACAUCCUGCUUAUCUAUUAUGUUAUUACAUUCAUCCAUUAUACAGAGAGGCAGCAUUAAUUGCUGUCAAAUUGUGGAAAAAUUUAAACCAUAGUGAACAAGAAUGUAAUGAAUUAAUUUCUCAACUACGAAAGUUUGAAGCAAAAUUAUCUCCUUAUGACUUACCAUAUGUUGAAGAAAUGGACACACCUGAACUUUGGUGGGGAGGUCACAGAACUAGACUUGCCAUACAGAGACUUGAGAAUAUUUCAAAAAUUAGGUCUUACUAUUUAACCAACAUAAAAGCUGAACUCUUGUACUAUGAUAAAACAUCAACUAGCAAUGAGUUAAGAAAUGUAGCAAAUGAUUCAUCAGUUGGUGCUUUAAUGAGUUUAGAAUCAGAAAAUGAUUAUUUAAAUAAUGUUAAUUUAAAUGAUAAUUCAAUUCAGACAAGAAACACCUUAAUAAUUGAAGACAUUAUUGAUUUUAAUUUUUUUAAUAAUAAUAAUGAAGUAAAUGAAAAUGAGACUAAUUUAGAUAAUUCUUAUAAUUUGGACUAUGAUCCUGAAUUAUUAGUAAAUAAUUUUUAG